CCGCUUUUGUUAUUGUGCCGAGUGCGCGGAGAGAGGCUUCGGGGGAGCGAGCAAGAUGCACGGACGGAGACGGCGGGGCUGAGUGUCCGAUAUCGACUUGGAUAAAAGACUGAUAGUGGAUUUCACCUCCCGGUCCUCGUUCCCAACCACUUCUGUUUGGUUUUUAAGCCCCAUCCCCCCCCCCGGUAACCUGCCUGAUGUUAGGAUGUCGGUGAACCCCCCCAGCAGCAGCGACGCCUGCCUCAGCAUCGUCCACAGCCUGAUGUGCCAUCGGCAGGGCGGCGAGAAUGAGGGCUUCGCCAAGCGCGCCAUCGAGAGCCUCGUCAAGAAGCUGAAGGAGAAGAAGGAUGAGCUGGACUCGCUCAUCACCGCCAUCACCACCAACGGUGUGCACCCCAGCAAGUGUGUCACCAUCCAGAGAACUCUGGAUGGACGGCUGCAGGUUGCUGGACGUAAAGGUUUCCCCCAUGUGAUAUAUGCACGUCUCUGGCGGUGGCCGGACCUCCACAAGAAUGAACUCAAGCAUGUUAAGUUCUGCCAGUACGCCUUCGACCUCAAGUAUGAUAAUGUGUGUGUGAACCCCUACCACUACGAGAGGGUGGUGUCCCCUGGCAUUGUGGGCCUUAGUCUACAGAACACUGGUCCGUCUGGCAGGCUGAUCAAGGAGGAAUACAUCCAUGACUGCAUUCAGAUGGACAUUCCCCCGGGUCUCCCACCCCAGCCUGACCACCAGGGGGCAAUGAAGCUCCCGCCCCCAGAGCACUAUGGUCAGCCGCUGCCCCCGCUACAACUGCCCCCUGAGUCAGCCCGGGGCCCUCCCCCAAUCACCCUCUAUCCCAGCAUACCGCUCUCUCCCACUGCGUCAAGCUCUAUGAUGUCCAUGCAGGGUGGCCAUGGCGAGGGACUCUUGCAGAUCGCUUCUCCGCAGGGUCAGGUCAUGACCCCGACACCUCCUCCCUCCACCCCCACCCAUGGUCCCCCACAAGCCCCUGCCCCUCUCCAGGCCCCACCCAGCCAGAAUUACAACGGCUCCAAACACACCACCCAGACCCAGGGCUCUUUCCACACUACAUGGACAGGCAGUAGCACGGCGUCCUACACCCCCACAGGACCGCAGCAGAGCAGCCGCACUCACCAACCACCUCUCCACCACCCUCACUUCUGGUCUCAGCAUCACAACACUCCUGCCUUCCCUACACCUAUCUCCAACCACCCAGGGCCGGAGUUCUGGUGCUCCAUCACGUACUUUGAGAUGGACGUGCAGGUGGGGGAGAUGUUUAAGGUGCAGGCGAGCUGCCCUGUGGUGACAGUGGAUGGCUACGUGGAUCCAUCAGGCGGAGAUCGCUUCUGUCUGGGCCAGCUGAGCAACGUGCACCGCACCGAUGCCAGUGAACGAGCCAGGUUGCACAUAGGUAAAGGAGUACAGCUGGAGUGUCGGGGUGAGGGUGAUGUGUGGAUGCGUUGUCUUAGCGACCAUGCCGUCUUCGUCCAGAGCUACUACCUGGACCGAGAGGCAGGCAGGGCACCAGGAGACGCCGUGCACAAGAUCUACCCGGGUGCCUACAUCAAGGUGUUUGACCUCAGGCAGUGUCACCGGCAGAUGCAGCAGCAGGCUGCCACGGCACAGGCAGCCGCUGCUGCCCAGGCUGCUGCCGUGGCAGGAAACAUCCCAGGCCCUGGCAGUGUGGGGGGCAUCGCACCUGCUAUCAGUCUGUCUGCAGCGGCGGGGAUUGGCGUGGAUGACCUGCGACGUCUCUGCAUCCUGCGUCUGAGCUUCGUUAAGGGCUGGGGGCCUGACUACCCACGCCAGAGCAUCAAGCAUACCCCCUGCUGGGUGGAGGUGCAUCUACACCGUGCCCUGCAGCUGCUGGACGAGGUGCUACACACCAUGCCACUGGCAGACCCCGGCCCUUCCAACUGAGAACAGGGAGAAAGAUCCACACACACACGCACACACACACAAGCACUCACAGCUACACCUUGACACAUGUGUUUACUUACUCGAGCAGACACACAUGCUUGCCCACACUCACACACUCACUAGAUACACACACAAACACACAUAUGUACAUCUUCACACACUUGUUUACUAACUCAAGCAGACACAAACUCACACACAAGCACACUUAAACACACACAUGUGCGCACGCACACAAACACAGACCAUAUGUUACACACUACAAGCAGCCUCCGUUUUGUUCUGUAUUGUCCAUCAUAAUCCAAAUGCGGCCCCUCUUUCUUCAUUUCCUCAUUUUUGUUCCCCUUUGAAGGGACUUGAGACUUUCCUUUGCAGAGCAGAUGCAUGUACAUUGGAUUAAUGCAAGUUUCCACGGGUUGAUUGCGGAUUAAGUUCAGGGAAAUAGCUUUACUGUCUGUACACCUCUCCAGCAUUACAUAUCACCUAAUUACAGUAAUAAUACACACCAAACGCAGCAGGUUUGCAAUACCGAGAGGGAACACUUUUAACCUUGUCUCUCACACACACACACACACACACACACACACACACACACACACACACACACACACACACCUGCACAUACAUGCACAACGUGUUCUAAGGUGACCGGCAAGCAGAUGUGCCUGUCAUGACAUCAACACUCCUGGCCCACUCACACGGACGCCAGCACUCUCACUGCAUGGUUGCCAGGGCAUGUGGUAACGUUCCCAGAGCUGCAGCCAGUGCGUUGCUUUUGAGUCUGGACUUCAGGUGGCAAGCAUUCCGUGUGAGUGACGAAAAGCCAACUCAGCGGGGGCUAAACCAUUCAGGAACUCUCUCAGACACCUGGACCGAUGGAGAGCCGGAUGGAAUCCCAGGCAUCUCCGUGUCUCCACAUCAGCAUCCUGUGCAAGGGGUCCCGUCUCCCUGGCUUGCUCGUGCGCAACAUAGCUGGUCUCCAGCCGUCUCGCGGGUCCUCUGAGCCUCUUUAUUUUCAUACCAAAAAAAGGAAAAAUACAAGAAAAGAAAAAAGAUAAAGAAGAAGACAAAAUUGUUCAGCUUUAAAAUGGUGAUGUUAGUAUUUGUGGUGACGCAGUUUUGUGUUUGUAACCAAAUCGUUUGCCAUGUGGUGUACGAUUCACCAAAGCCAGAAUACCUCAUCAUAAUCUAGCAUGAACCCAGUGGAACUUUAUAUGCCAAAAUGUGUCUGGUAUCCUCCAUUACCUGCUUUCAUAAACUCACCUCAUGCUUUAACCAAAUCAGUAUCGAGGGAGGUUCAGGUGAUGGAACAGACAUGUAAGACAGGGUUACACCCACUAACUGAGUGCAAACCAGGACCUUUUCUUUCUUUUAGCUUGAAAGUCUUGUGAGUUUAAUUUUCUAUGCCAGUGUUUCCUGUACUGCUGGGUGGAGUGGGAAUACACUUUUCCAUGGGAAGACAGAAACUCUUCGCUCUUUAAAUUGUAGCCAGUAUUCACUGAGUCAAGUCAGCUGUUCAUCUGAGGUACUUCCUGUUUUGAGUUGUACGUUUUAUUCUUAGUCAUGAGUUGUACAUUUCAUUCUUAGCAGCGGUCACCCACCGUAUUCCAGGAGCUCCUGUCUUCUCACUUCUGAGCUGAGGUCUUCAUGCCCAAACCAACCAAUCAGGGUCAUGACAUCUUCUAGAGGUGAAGCAUGUGUGUAUAAAAGCAGGUGUUGUAAGGUUUUUUGGCUGGCGGUGAACUGUGUAGGAUGGCAGACACAAGGACUGUUGGAGAGCUUCUACAGGAACUAUAUGCCAUUGUGAGGGAGAGACCUACAACACCAGUUAAGUGUUUUUAACAGAAUAAGCUGAUCAAAAUACAUAGCAGGUAGAAUUAAACAUAACAGUAUUUUUACAGAUUGUAUGUGGUCAGAUAAACAAUGGUAUAAUAAUUGCAGAUUAUGUCACUGUAAUCAUGGGAAUUUAUAGGGAGACAUAGACCUAAAUCAUAUUUGGCUUUUGCUUUUGGUUUUUUGGUUUUGUUUUUUUUUUGCAUAAUAAUCUUUGUGCCUUUCUCUAUUUUGUUUUACAAUUCAAAAAUCACUUACACUUCAAGAUUUUAUCUUGCAUUAAGUCCUUUUCACUGACUUGGUUUUUGGUGUGUUAACGGUUGGUAUGCCAACAAGGGCGCCCCCAGUGUGUUUGGGAUGUAACUACUUCACAUAUCUACCAGUGCUAGAGAGCUUUCAGGUUUCAUUUAUAAACGAUUUCUUCUUAACAGACCGGGUGUAAUUGGACAGUGCAAACGAUACUGUCUCCCAGUCCUUCUGCAGGGUGGAUCAAGUGCUGGCUCAGGUCAUAAAGACAAUUACAAGCCUUUAAAUACAGUCACACUAUUUAUGCAUUUCACCUUGUUGUUUUUUUAUUUUUAUUUUUUCUUUACUAUGUUGUUGAAUUUAGGUGUCAGGUAUGCUUGUUGUUUGGUGAGUGCCUUUGUGCUGUGUUGCACUGGGGAAAUGAAAACUUUGGUUAAAACUUGUACUUUAAAUUCAGAUUACAAAGGCAGUGAGUGCUUGCAUUCUUACGUGCAAUUAGUGAUGAAUAUUUUUCGUUCUCUGAGCUUGAAGUCUGCUUCAACAAAUUCAUUCAGCUCUGCUUUAUCGUGUACAUAACUUUUAAUACACAAAUGAUUAGUGUAUUAACAUGUAAUUUAGUGAUUUUAAGAUGAAAACUAUUAUAAAAUAGAACUAGAUUAGAUUUAAAUUCCAGUACUUCAUAGCUUGCUUAUUGCUGUAACUGAAAAACAAGACCCAUUCAAACACAUUAACCAGUGAUAUUAGACAAUAGGUCAAUCAUUUAUUGUCCAGUUUGUUUUGCCUUAAAGCCAGGUAAAGUAAGAUUCAGACCUACAGCAGCUGCCAUCAUCAGGUGAAAGUACAUUUUCUUUUUAAAUGUAGAUUGUCACCUCAGAUGCUGAGUUAGUUCCUUCUGCACUAGUUAAUCUAGAGUAUAUUUGGUGUUCUAUUGUACCCAAAAUAUAAAAUUUCUUUUAGUAGGCCUGGUUUUUCAGGAGGGUAGCCAUUUUCAAAAUUUAACUGUCUACCCCCUUGCAACUUCCUUUAUAAUGUUGUAACAUGAUUGAAAUAUGUGAGUCAGUAAAAUGACAAUCAUUCAACUGGAAAAUGAGAUCUAAAGCAUUCCAUGUAUUCUUACAAGUAUUUAUCAGUAUGUUAUCUGGUGUAAAAAAAUGACUAUUUUAUUGAUAUUGUUCAAUUCAAUCACUGUUGUAAUUAUAAUUAUUUUAUUGUUAAAGGACAUUCUGAUCCUGUAUGUUGACUGUACACCAAAGUUAAGUAAAAUCAUUUUGAUACAGAUA